CACCUGCGCCGCACCUCUUCUUCAUCAACCUCAACCACAAAACAAGAGCGCGUGUUCCUUGUAUUUGUAUAAUCACGACUUGGAAUUGAUAUACUCUUCUAGUUGGUGUCUGUAUUACGAUCUAGCGUCGCGGAGCGUCGUAGGGUAUACCAGUCGUUUCAAUGUCGACAGCCGCAGUACCGUCGCCUUUGCUGAACGGCGCCAGCGUAGUACCCGCAGAGGUACUUCGCGAGGCCGAUUUUCUACAACAGCUUUUGCAGAUACGCGAUCAAGUGCUUGCUAGCAAACACCCGCGCAUCCACCUACCCGCGAAAGUAAUUGAACAGGUUACACCGCGUUUCCCACAAACUACGUCUAGACCCACGAUCAACGGCACAUCAAAUGGAGUCUCAUCACAACUAUUUCCUCCGCGCCCGGAGAGCUCGCUUCAGCACCCUACGUCUCCUGUCCCACCUACACAGCGACCCUAUUCGGCAACCUCAUCUUCCAGCAUCGAUCCAGUCUUGCUUACAAAGUCUGACCACCUUAUCAGGGCAGAACUGCAGCUCAAGCGGCAACAGAUAGAACGGCUUCUCAAGGACCAGUUUGACAAAAAGGGUCGUGGCAACGAUGCAGAGGAGCGGGAAGCCCAUAUCAAUGUGGAGCAGUGCCUUAUUCAGGCUCAUCUGCGUGUCCCACCUAUAUCUGGCUUACCUUCUACGACUAACAACAGCGAUGGUGUGGAGUCCUUUGACGAAAAUUCAUAUUACUCUAGCAAGGCCGACAGUUGGUCGUCAGAGGAGGUUGAUCCCAAUCAGAUCACCAAAACUGAUGCUGCAGGUCCACUCACGUCACAGGCCAAGCAAACUGUCAAGCCAGUCACUGCCCAAUCCCAUCCUACUGAGCCUACAGUGAUUGAUCUCGAUGAAGAGGCUUACGAGCCUGCCGAUGACAUAGAGAUCUAUGAGCCUGAGUCUGUACUGCUGCAUGAGGACCCAGAGGAGGAAGACUAUUCACCCCCUCCGGCUGAUACCGGCCCAAGUGAGCCUCUUAGGGGCCGAGCACGGGACCGUGGCAUUGUAAAUCAGGGCGGCACAAACGGGUCGUCUCGUCGCCAAAGCCCGACUGGCCCCGCCCCUCCACUUCACAACCCUCGCAAGCGGAGAAGGGAGGAAAAGCAGGCGGAGAAGCGGCGGCAACAACAACAACAACAACAACAGCAACAGCAACAGCAACAACAACAAGCCAAUAAGCGUACUGUCCACUCGCCGGAGCCUUAUAUAAAGGAGGAGCCCCAAUCGCCGCCCCCAUUCUCGGCUUAUCCUGAUUCGCAACCUAGUAAGCGGCGCGCUCUUCAACCCAUCCCUACCGAUGUGGAGGUCUUGUCUCCACGGGAGGAUGCUAGGAUACAGCCUGUCUACUACCGCGAGCCAGAAGCAUCAUCACGCCCGUAUCGUGAGUACGAGGAGCCAUCUUCGCCGUCCGUCAUACGUGUACCGCAACGGAAAGCGCAGCGCGAUGACCAAGAUCUGAGACGAGUCGCAAGCCUGCAGUACGCUCGACGACCAUACUCUCCAGACGGUGGAGGUGGAGAAGUGUACGCGGUACCCGAGCCUCGCCAAGUGCGUGCGGCAUCCCACGCGUUUGUAGAUCGCCCCGAGCCACCUAUCUACCGAGAAGCUUCGACCCGCCCAUCAGCCGCACCGCGAUAUGUACGCGAUCGUUCCCGAUCUCCUGUUCAUGAGUAUCUGCCUCGACAGCAGUCGCCCAUGCUCAUGGCCCCACCCCCUCGCCGUAUCGUGGUGGAUCAAUAUGGCCACAAAUAUUAUGCAGCACCCGUGGAUGCGAGAGAAUCAAUGGCACCACCUAGCCGUCGUGUGGAAGUUGACCCUUACUACGAGCGUGCUGUGACACGAGAGCCAACAAUGCGUGCCCCUGCUCGCACUGAGGUGUACGAAGACGACGGUGUACCGAGGAUGCCUCCACCACCUCGACGGUAUAUGGAAGCGUCGGACGUUGAAAUGAUUGAGAGCCCGUCCUUCCGCCAGCGAGAGUCGUCGCGCCGCCCUGUGGAGGUGGAAUACCGGCCAGUGCCGCAAUAUGAAGAGAUGGGACCGCCACGCGAGUAUGCGCAGAACCGAGCCUACAGUAUGCGUCCGGAAGUGGUUCGUCGAGAGGUUCCGGAAGGUUAUGUUCGCCACGAGAGCAUCCAGCCAGGUUCAGUGCGCGUCUCACAGCCUCGAUACCGGGAAGUCAGCAUUGUGCACCAGGAGCCGUUUGAUGAUCGUCGGUACAUUAAUGCACCGCAAAGUAGACGGUAUGUUGAGGAAGGAGCUAUUGAAGUUGGGCAGGAGUCAUACCAAGCGGAGCCGCGACGGGUCUAUACUCGCUACUAGCCAUGGCGUAGAGGAGAGUUGUAAUGUCCAGUUCAGCGCUGGAGGUGUAAGGAUAGCUGUUUGAUGCAUUGGGUUGGGAAAGGGUGUUGAUAUUAGUGUAGUAGUUUGGGCCCGUAGUACCAGAGUGUGAGGGUUGGAUAGCUCAUGUUCACGCAAUUAUAGUAUUCAUAGCUAAUGAUAUCCAUGCCAUGGUUGACAGCCUCGUGCAGGAGAUGCUAUUAUUUGCGUCCUCAGUCGACCAAGUUCUCGACUUGU